AUGGAGUUCAGUCAUGGCGCCUACACGAUCGGCUGGAUUUGUGCCUUGCCCAAGGAGAUGACCGCGGCCAUCGCAAUGCUCGAUACGGAGCAUGAGACCUUGCCUCAAUCUGUUUCGGACACCAACAAUUACACCCUUGGCUCAAUAGGACCGUUCAACAUAGUCAUUGUUUGCUUGCCAAGCGGCGAAAUUGGUAGUCAUCCAGCCUCUGCCGUUGCUGCGAGGAUGUUGGCGAACUUCCCAGCGCUUAAGAUGGGGCUAAUGGUAGGCAUUGGAGGUGGUGUACCCAGCAAAGAUCAGGAUAUUAGGUUAGGUGACAUCGUUGUCAGUGUGCCAACAAAUGGAUUUGGCGGUGUUGUGCAGCAUGACAUGGGAAAAAAUACCAAGGACAAGGGCUGGAUACGGACGGGCUCAUUGAAUGGGCCACCCUUAGUACUUCGGACGACCAUUUCGAAACUCAUCUCAUUACAUCAAAUCCGCGGCCACGAGAUCGAAACUUACCUAUCGGAGAUGAUAAAGCGCUAUCCAGAUCUGAGUCCUCGCUUUUGUCGACCAAAGGACGAUACUGAUAUUUUAUAUCAGCCCGAGCCAGCAGAUCCACACGCUUUUCAGAGUUGGGAAGAGAUUUUGAGACCUCGUCGGCACCCACGUGAAGCAGUACGAAUUCACCACGGACUGAUCGCCUCGGGGAACCAGGUCAUAAAGAGUGGUCGACUGCGAGACGAGAUUAGUGCUCGCCUUGGGGGUGUGUUGUGUUUCGAAAUGGAGGCAGCCGGUCUGAUGAAUGAGCUGCCCUGUGUUGUCAUACGUGGUAUCUGCGACUACGCAGAUGCUCACAAAAAUAAGGAAUGGCAGGAGUAUGCUGCGGCGGUUGCUGCGGCGUAUGCAAAAGAACUCAUCUUUGCCCUACCAACAGUGGUUGAGGGAGAACAAUGGAUUGUGCCGUUUCCCAAAAACGACAAAUUUGUGGGACGUGAACAAGAACUUUCUACGUUGCACAGAUGGUCAAACUCGGACGUGCUCAGGCCCAAUAUGGCUCUGUAUGGGCUUGGGGGUGUCGGGAAAACCCAGAUCGCACUAGAGUUUGCUUAUCGUACCAAAGCACAAAAGCGGGAGGCCUCCGUCUUUUGGGUUCCUGCAAAUGAUCACCUAGCGUUCGAGCAAGCUUACAAACAGAUUGGUACGGCGCUCAGAAUACCCGGCAUCGAAGCACACGGCGCAGACGUCAAACAACUCGUCAAAGAUGCAUUAUGCAAUGACCAGAGAUUACACCCGUGGUUGAUGAUUGUCGACAACGCCGAUGAUAUCAAUAUUGUUUUUCAAAAGUCGACAGACGACGCUCUCAGUAACCCGGCGCUCAUAGACUAUGUCCCAUCUAGUCCUCUCGGUUGUGUACUCCUGACCACGCGCAACCGGAGGAUAGCAGUAAGACAAGCACAUGAGAACAUUAUUUUUCUGGAGAUGAUGAGCCCGGACGACGCUGAACAACUGCUGAAAAAGUCAUUAGUGCAAGAGAAGACAGUACGACGACCAAAUGCUACCAAAGAACUGCUCACGCUUCUUGGAUAUCUGCCUCUAGCGAUCACUCAAGCGGUCUCUUACAUUAAUGAGAACGAUACUGAAAUCGACGACUACAUUGAGCUGUACCAAGGCAGCGAGACAGAAAAGAUAGAGGUUUUAAGUGAAGAAUUUGAGACCCACGGGAGAUACCAGACGAUCAAAAAUUCUAUCCCAUCCAGGAAGCAAGGCUUAGAGGCAAUCGGGGCGUUGAAGGCGUACUCUUUCGUCAGAAAAAGAGACAAUAUAGCUGUCUUUGACAUGCAUCCACUGGUACACCUGGCGACGAGGCAUUGGUUACGAACCGAGGUCAAAUUGGAACUCUGGAUAAGCAGAGUUACGGACCUACUCGAAGAACUUCUUCCCGAUGGCGCAUUCAAAGAUCGGGCGACUUGGACUGCGUACUUGCACCAUACAGAAUAUCUCCUUACCUCGUCUGAACCGGUCAAAGAUGACUUGCGAAGAGUUAUUCUAGCAGAAAAGAUGGCAAAAUGUCUGUACAGUAACGGAGAGUACAAGGAUGCUUGUAGCUCGUAUAGUCGGGCGCUAGAUUUACGUCUGCAAGUGUCCGGUAAAGAGAACAGGGAAAGCCUAAUGAGUAGGUUCGGCAUGGCAGAGGCCCUCAAUCACCAAGGCGAUUACAGACAAGCUGAAAAGCGGCAUCGAGAGAUCUUGGAACUCAGAAAGGAUGUAUUAGGUCCGAAGCAUCCCGAUGCAAUGUACGACGACGGCAGAUACGCGGAAGCAGAAGAGAUGCAUCGGAACGCUCUCAGUCUUCAAAUCGAGGUGCUUCAUCCCGAACAUCCUAAUGUUUUGACGACGACUGGCUACCUUGCUCAGACGUUGGCGCAGCAGGGUAGGCAUCAGGAAGCCGAGGAUAUGCAUCGAAAUCUCCUCGAGACUCGACUGAGAGUCCAAGGGGAAGAAAAUCCUGCCACUCUAGCUACUAUGAGUUGUCUUGGUGUUGCUCAAGAGAAUUUGGGCCAGUUCGCCAAAGCCGAAGAGACUCAUCGUCGCGUCCUAGCCCUUCGCGUGAAAAUGUUGGGGGAUCGACAUCCGCACACAGCGAUUACAAAAAAAUGGCUUGCUGUUACGCUCUUGCACCAAGCGAAAUUCGAAGAGGCCAAAACGAUGAACCAGGAGGCUCUGCGACUUCAGACGGAGCUUCUAGGUCCCAAACACUAUAACACUAUCUUGACUCUGGGAAAUUCGGGUGACAUUUAUUUCUCUCAAGGACAGUUCAGUCGCGCUGAGCAGAUCUUUCGCCAGGCACUCUAUCUUCAAAUGGAGGUCCUCGGUCCCGACCAUCCAGAGACUUCACAAGCAAUAACAAAGUUGAGAAAUGCCUUAUUGUCCCAAGGUAAAGAUGAGGAAGCCCAGGAAUUGAUUGAGAAGGGAUCAACAGCUCUGCAUAAGAGUGCAGAGCCACAACAUGUCACGUGGGAUAUUUGA